ACUCCGAAAAAUAAAGAAAGAAAGAAAAGCUUGUCAUCAUCACUCGUCACCAUUUCCAUUUUAUUGUUCCCAAUUUCCAACUCUCCUUAUUACAGAUAGGUAAGGUAUCAAUCCAUCUCUUCCUCUUAUGUUCAAAUCAAAGCCAUAAUCAUUCACAUCUUCAUCUUCCUCUACCACUUUCACUCACUCUUCUGCACAAUCAAUAACACCUUUCCAUGUUCUUCUGAAACCACUCAAUACUCGACUCGCUGAGUCACGUUUCUCGAAUCAGCUUUUCAAUCUCAACAAACAUGGCCACCGCAAGGUUCCCUAACCAUUCCUCCGAGGACAUCGUCGAUUCUACGCCGCUGUUGGCCAAUUCCGGCGUCUCUUCCGACGACCUUAACUCUGGUCGUCGAUUUGUCCGGCGACAGAGGCUCCGGCAAGCGGCGCGGUUUCUCCGGCAGGCCAGCGGGAGGAGGAUGAUGCGUGAACCCUCGAUGUUGGUUCGAGAAGCUGCUGCGGAGCAAUUGGAGGAGCGCCAGAGCGAUUGGGCUUAUUCGAAGCCCGUUGUCGUUCUUGACAUUGUUUGGAACUUCGCCUUCGUUGUUGUGGCAGCCACGGUGUUGGUUUUGAGCGUAAGCGAAGCACCGGGCAUGCCUCUGAGGUUGUGGAUAGUAGGGUACGCGUUGCAAUGCAUUCUUCACAUGGUUUGUGUUUGUGUGGAGUAUAGGAGGCGAAGGAGGCACCAACGUAACAUGGUGGCAGUGCAAGACAUGGUUGGUAGCAGCAGUGGGAAUUUGAGUUCCGCUUCAAGGGAGGGUUCUGCUUCUGCUUCUGGUUCGGGGCAGUAUGUGUCGUUGGCGCAACUUGACGAGGAGGGUACUAGUGUUGCAAAGCAUUUGGAAUCAGCCAAUACAAUGUUUUCAUUUAUUUGGUGGAUUAUUGGAUUCUACUGGGUAUCAGCUGGUGGUCAAGCAUUAGCCCAAGAUUCUCCUCAGCUUUACUGGCUAUGUAUAAUCUUCCUGGGUUUUGAUGUUUUCUUUGUCGUUUUCUGUGUUGCACUGGCAUGUAUAAUCGGCAUUGCUGUUUGCUGUUGUCUUCCAUGCAUCAUUGCACUUCUUUAUGCAGUUGCAGACCAGGAAGGGGCAUCAAAGGAAGACAUUGAGCAGUUGUCAAAAUUUAAAUUCCGAAGAAUUGAAAGUAAUGAGAAACUUACUGGUACUGUGCAAGGACCUGUUGGAGGAAUAAUGACUGAAUGCCAGGCUGAUUCACCUAUUGAACAUGUUCUUGCUGAGGAGGAUGCGGAAUGUUGCAUCUGCCUUUCUUCAUAUGACGAUGGGGUUGAACUAAGAGAACUUCCUUGUGGUCACCAUUUUCACUGUGCCUGUGUGGAUAAGUGGCUGUAUAUUAAUGCUACAUGCCCCCUCUGCAAGUAUAACAUCUUGAAAAGUAGCAAUCUCAGUCAAGAGGAAGUGUAGAAGGUGUCAGGAAGGUUUUUAGCAGCCAUGUUGAGGAAUCUGCAUACUCUUGAUUCACAGUGUAAUAGGGCACAGCAUGUUAAUAUACUUUGAUUCAGGCCCCGUGCGGUUGUUGCUGUUGCUGUUGCUGCUGUAUGCUGUUACCAUGUAAUGAUAACUGUUGAUUAUUUGUAGUUAUUGUGGCUUCUAACUGGUUGUGUAUAUUAAUGUUGUUGAGAGCAGAUCGGCUAUAAUUAUCUGAAGAGGCAAUUCGGUUGUUAGUUUUGUUGUCAUCAUUAUUAUUGCUGUAUAUGAGACCCAUAAGCCACUGUGGAAUGGUUUGUCUCGGUAUAUGUUAUGAAGAGUCCAGCUGCCUUUAUUUUUAUAUCGUUGGUAUUAUUGAGAGAAUUUUCUCAAGCAUAUAAUAAUAGACAGCCUGUAAGGCAGGCCAUGGACAUGGAGUGUGGACGCACGGAAAAUUGUCGUUUGGUUCAUGCUGGGUAAAGAUUUUUAAACCAUGCUGCAGACAUUAUGUUGUAUCUCCUCAUCACUCACUAGUGAAUCUGGAUAUGUUAUUAAUGAUAUUAUAUUUUUUUCAAACAUGUAUAACAUGUAUAUUAUAAAAAAAUAAUUUUUUAAAUUAUAGCAUUUAACAUGUAUUAUUUUGGAGCAUUUAAUAAAAUUAUACAUAUUGUACAAU